GGAAGCCGCCCUCAGGCCUAGCUCCGGACAGGCCCCGCCCUCGGGGUCCCGAGCUUUGGGGGAGGGGCUGUCAGAUAGCUAGCCCGGCCCCUCCAGCCUGGCGGAAACGACCCGCCCGGCAGAUUCCGGGACCUACUAGCUCUGGGUAACGGCUCUGCCUUUGGGCCACUCUGUCCCCUUAGCUUGGGGGACCGUCCCGCCCUUCCCCAUCGGCCCCAGGAGAUGGCUGCCCUGUUACCUCAGCGAGAACAGGCCCUCUGCCCAUCUCCUUCCCUUGAGGUGGCUGUCUCCUCUCCCCUCACUUCUGGAAGAUGUCCGCUCCAUCUCAUCGUCCCGAAGGGUAACUGAUCUUAUCCCCAUUGGUCCCUUGGGAUGAUCUCUCCAUUUCCUACGCCCCGACAGAGACAGCCGCCCCCUCUCCCUGGCAGUGAGAAACAGACUGCUUCCUCCCCAUCAACUGCAGUGAUCUCUGAGUUCCUUUAGCUAGGACAGGCCUGUUCCGCAUUCCUAGGCCCCGAGUGAUGGCCGCCCUUACCUCUUUCACUCCAUAGGAUGUUUGCUCCUUCCUCUUAGCCAGGGACAAGACCACUCUGCCCCCAUCUGCCAGGAAGAUAACAGGUUUUGUCCCCAGUGGCCUGUUGGAAUGGCUUCACCAUCUUUUGUCCUGAGGUUGGCAAACCCCUCUCUCUGUCCAUGGGAAACAGGCCACCAGUCCUGGAAUGAUGCUCCCUAUACUUAGCAAAAAUAGGCCUGUUCCCUCCCCGUUGAGCUUGCAGUGCCAUCCCUUCCCUGCCUAGCUUCAAGGGGUAACUAUUCCAUCCCCAUAAAUCCUAUGAGUGACCAAUCAUAUAUCCAGUAGCCCCCUUGAAAUGGGGCUCAUGGGAUGGCCACUCCAUCCUUAUCACUGCCUCCUCUGGUUCCUUUAGAAAGACCACCCCCUUCUUAGGUCAAUGAGUAUCCCUCCCCUACUCACCCCAAAGGAUGACAGGUUUGUUCCCCUCUCUCUUUGUUCUUGGGUUGGCUGCUUAGCCCCAAAAGACAGAAUGGCCAGUAUCUUAACUCAGCUCAAACAGUCUUCCUUCCUCCCCAAAGGGAUUGGGGCUUGGUUAGUCCCAGUUCCCAUCAGUACUGUCUUCCCCAUGCCUAGCCUUCCUGGUCCAGAAGUCUAUUCUCCCAGUCAUUCUCCUCUCAGUAAUGACUAUUUUAUUUCCCUGACCCCUUCCCUGAGCAAACUCUUGGUGAAAAUAGAGGUAGAGGACUGGACUGUCCAUCCUAAAUUUAAUCUAGUAAGUACUGGCUGAGCACUGCGCCUAUAUGCUUGGCAUCUGAGAAGGGAAGGAGCGAUCACAAUGGGUUGGUGAAGUCAAGGUUCAGGAAGGGCAUCCCAGGGAAAAGGCCUGCAUAGGCAAAAGGAAAUAGAUAUGCUGUGUUUGUAGGACAGUGGGGAGACUGGAUUGGGGAAGUUCAGGGACCAGCAAGUCCAAUUAGGCACGAACACCUGACAGUGCUGAUCCAGGAGUAGAGACUGUCCUGAGAGUAUUGGUGAACCCUGAAGGUUUACGGCAGGGAUGCUCACAUAUAUUCUGAGCUUCCUGCCUCUGUCAGAUCAGAAAGAGGCCUCCCUCGUGAGUUGGGCUUGGUACCGUGCAGCCCAGAAUGCCCUUCGGGAGAGAGACGUGCGAUACAACAUCCCCGUGUCCUCUGCCUCCCUCUCGACCAUCAAGAGCCUGGGCUUCAAGAGCAUCUGCUGCAUCAGCCUGACCAACCUGGAUGGCUCUCCAGCUUCACACCAGGUGCUACAAUCUGUUGCCUACCAUCUGGGCCCGCACCUGCAGAGCUUGUCCCUGGGUGGGGGCAGCCCCACAGAGGCCGCCUUUGUAGACCUGAUCCUGGGCUGCCCGACCCUGCGUAUCCUUGACCUCAGUGGCUGCAAUAGCCUCUUCAUCUCGGGCACACUGCUGGCUCAGCCCGAGACGGCACACAGCAUCCGGCAGACCUUGAGUGGCCUCCAUGAGCUCAACCUGGCUGGCCUGCGGGACCUAGCUGACCUCAGCUUCAACCGGCUCAGCAGCUGUGCCCCCAGUCUGGAGCGCCUCUCCUUGGCCUACUGCCACCUCACCUUUGAGCCAGACCCAGCCCGAGGAUGCAUCAGCCCCCAGGACUCCUCUCCCUCUCAGUUCUCCUUCCGCAACCUGCUGCGAUUUGUGCAGGAGCGGGCUGGCAGGCUGCAUGCCCUGGACUUGAGUGGCACUGGCUUGCCACCUGAGGCCCUUCGGGCCCUGGGCCAGGUAGCUGGGCUGCAACUGCAGGAGCUGAGCCUGCAAAGCUGCCGGAACCUCUCCACGGAGGCUGUGGCCACCCUGUGCCUCCAGCAACCAGGCCUUACCUCCCUGGACCUCAGCGGCUGCUCAGAACUGACUGAUGGGGCACUCUUGGCUGUGAGCCGGGGCCUGCGGCACCUGCGGCACCUGAGCCUGGGGAAGCUGCAGCGGCUGACAGAUGUAGGAUGUACAGCCCUGGGUGGCCUGCGGGAGCUGCAGAGCCUCGACAUGGCCGAAUGCUGCCUGGUGAGAGGGUGGGAACUGGCCCGGGCCCUGGGCUCCGUGCAUGGGGCUCCACCACAGCUGGCCUCCCUGAGCCUGGCCCACUGCUCUUCGCUGAAGGUGAGCACACCAUCAUGCCCUUCCUUCCUUUCCAGGGCUGGGGAUGGCGGGAGGGGGAACUGGGGUGGUGGGGGUAGUGGGCAGCCUGUGGCACCAGGGAGGACUCCCCAGUGUUCAUGCCCACAAUUGGCAGUUGGAAAUGAACUUGGGACCCAAUGUGGAGGAGGACAGGAGCUUAGACAGCUGCUGCUGCCAGGACACCUCCCCAAAGCCCCCAUUCUGGGCCUAGGAGGUCUAAGCAGCCAGGGUGGCCCAGCCCACAUGAGGCAGCCAACAGCUCACGUGCCAAGUGCGUGGCGACGGCUGUGUCUGGGGAGGAGUGCUGAGGACGAGUGUUCUGGAGCUAGGAGGGCUGAAGAAAGGGGGUGAUGGGCAAGGAAGGCAGGGAAGGAGCACUGAGGAAGGCGCUGGAGUGGGCCCUGCAGGGUGAUGCGACAGGAGCAGCAGGGUCAUUUCCUGGCCAAG